GUGACGUCAUCGCGUUUCUGACGCCCCAACCCAGCCCAACCGGAAGACAACAGUUUUUGUCCAUCCUUUUGGAUCAAUGCGAUGCAAAUUGGCUGCUGUCAAAGCUAAGCGCCGACUUUCUUUAUUCAAGUAAUAAAAUGCCCUUAUUUGAUGGGUUGGGAAGUGGGGGAGAGAAGACUGCGAUCGUUAUAGACUUAGGAGCAGCGUACACAAAAUGCGGCUUUGCAGGGGAAACGGGGCCCAGGUUCAUAAUUCCGAGCGAGAUCCGGAAACCGGGACAGCAGCAGGCCAUCAAAGUGGUUCAGUACAACAUCAAUACAGAAGAGCUUUAUGUCGUCCUCAAAGAGUUUAUCCAUUUACUGUACUUCAGGCACCUGCUAGUGAACCCCCGCGACAGAAGGGUGGUCAUCAUCGAGUCCAUCCUCUGCCCGUCUCACUUCAGGGAGACACUCACCAAGGUUUUCUUUAAACAGUUUGAGGUGCCCUCUGUGUUGUUUGCUCCGAGCCACCUCAUGGCCAUCAUGACGUUGGGAAUCAACUCGGCUCUGGUGAUGGACUGCGGCCACACAGAGACGCUGGUGCUACCUGUUUAUGAGUGCACUCCUAUUCUUCCAGCUUGGGAGGCUUUGCCUUUGGGAGGGAAAGCCAUUCAUAAAGAAUUAGACGGACUUCUUGUGGAACAGUGCACUGUGGACACUGACACCACCACUGGGCAGAGUGUACCAGCUGCCAUUGGGACCAUCCCAGAGGAGACUGUGGAGGACAUCAAGGUCAGAACAUGCUUUGUCAGUGACCUGCAAAGAGGCCUCCAGAUCCAGGAAGCCAAAUUUAACCUGGAUGGUGCAGCUGAACGUCCAGCCCCGCCUCCAGAUGUUGAUUACCCUCUGGAUGGGGAGAAAAUCUUGCACGUCAAAGGAUCAAUCAGGGACUCUGUGAUGGAGAUCCUGUUUGAGCAGGACAAUGAAGAGAAGAGUGUCGCCACCCUGAUACUUGAUGCUCUGGUCAAGUGCCCCAUUGACACCCGUAAGGUGCUCUCAGAGAACCUGGUGGUGAUCGGCGGCACGGCCAUGCUGCCGGGUUUCCUGCACCGCCUGCUGGCCGAGCUACGCCUCCUUGUGGAGAAACCCAAGUACAGCAACGUGCUGGCCAGCAAGAGCUUACGUUUACACGCUCCGCCUGCCAAGCCCAACUGCACCGCCUGGCUCGGAGGUGCUAUCUUUGGGGCGCUGCAGGAUAUCCUGGGCAGCAGGUCCGUGUCACGAGACUACUACAACCAGACAGGCCGCAUCCCAGACUGGUGCUGCUUGAGCUCCCCUCCUCCCGAGUCCCUCUACGAAGCAGGGAAGACGCCUCCCCCCCUCAUGAAGAGAGCCUUCUCCACAGAGAAAUAGAAUGAUCUGUAACGUACUCUCCUUUACUCCACCUGAUAAAACAGUUCAGUAAUCUUAAACGUCACAUCUCAACUCAAGUCUUGUUAAUGUGUCUCUACAUCAAGCAUACCGCUCUAGAUGUUUUUAAUGUCUAGUAGUCACACGCACGUUUUUGUAUGAAGAGAUUGUUUGAUGAUCGGCUGAGCUGGUGUCUGACCUCCCCAGUAAGAACCGAUUUUGGGAUUUUAGCCGUUUACGUUGAUAUUCUACAAGUGUUAGAAUUUCAAACAGGUCCUGUGCUACACGCAGCCGUGUCUUCGGUUUUAUUUUACGUCUCACUGAGGAAGACUGAACUUGUACGUCUCCUAUUUCUGCAUUUUGUUGGCAUUAAGACUGAAAAACCCACUGUGUUCAGCAGACAUGUUUCCAAUGAUUACCAAGUUGUGCUUUAGUAAUCCUUUUCCCAGCAAAACUGCAGAAAAUGUAACUGUUUUCUCGUGGGAUGGUUGAUAAAGUGUGGACAACUGCCUGUGUUUUUGACGGUAAUGUCCCAUGGAAGUCUUUCCAAAAAGAAAGAAAGUUAAACUUAUUUAUUGUUUGGAUCUCAGUGUAAAAUGGUUGUUGAACUCAUUAAAGGACCUGCACACACCCAAAGGUGUUUUCAGUUAUUUCAUGUUAAAAUGGGGAGGCGGUAUCCUGGGAGAUACUAAGUCCUCCCACCCUUAAGACGUGGUAGCACAUGCAACGGGACGGUCAGGGACAUGUGGAUUAGAUCCGAACACAUCCAAUAUGAGCAGUGUCUAGUCAAGCUAGAUAAUUGAAAUCACCUGUGUGUGUGAUGUAGUUGUGUGUGUUAAACCAUCUUCCAAACAAUGCCAUCUUGCUCUGUAACUUUUAUAUCCAACUAUUGCAACAAUUAAAUAUUUAGAAUUCAA